CCAGCUCUGUGGCGGCCAAGUCACCUCCAAUUUCCAGGCGAUGAACCGCGGGCAAAUUCAAGUGACGGUCCGGGUGCCGCUGUACGUGACGUUGAUCAGCGCUUCGACGGGCGGCCACCAGAGCUGGACCAGCGUCGAGCAUCAGACGGAAAUGGAAUUCUCCUUCUCCUACGCUUCGGUCCUGCUGGGCCAGCGCGGAGUGGCCGAAACCAUGCUGGCCUUGGCCGUCCAGCCCCACGUGACUCGAAUCCGCACCGAUCCCAACAACGGCCGCCUGGUGAUUGAAUUCCAAACGAAGACCCGCUUCGCCGGACGCUACCUGGAAGGCGGAAGUCGACUACUAAGUCCUCCGCACCACCACUUCGUGGCCGGCCAGUGGGUGGGCUUAGACCUGGAGCUGAUGUGGAGUCAGAUCUACCCGACGGGAGCCACUUUCCAGAAGUGGAGGGUCGUCUCCAAUUACACGCUGCAGGACUACACGGGCAACUACACGCUGGUGCUGGCCCCUUGCCCAGCCUCGUCCGAUUCCUAGCAG